AUGCCGCCGUUCAAAUACCAUCCACUCGCAGAUAAUCACAUUCGCGUUCUCACACUCCUACCUGGGGAGCGAGAUGAUCCGAUCGUUUGCACUCUGGACCAUGUUAGUGUUGCCGAAAAGCCCAUUUUCUAUGCCUUAUCCUACGAAUGGGGUAACCCAGACUUUAAAUACCGUGCUACCGUACAACCCACCGGGGAUCACAUCCCGAUAACCUCCUCCUUAUGGAACGCGCUUCGUGACCUCCGCGAGACAGACGAGUCUCAAAAGCUCUGGGCGGACGCAAUCUGUAUCAACCAACAAGAUUAUCAUGAGCGGAGCAGUCAGGUCAUGCUCAUGGGUCAAAUUUACCAGUCUGCCAGUUUCGUGGUCGUUUAUGGUGGCCCGGAGACAGAAUAUACCACUCCGGGAAUGAAGCUGGCAGAACAGAUAUCGAAUUUGAGGGAUGGAGAUGACGAUGAAUUACGUGUACUUCUCAGCGGUACAGAUGCUGGACUCUUAUCAGUCGGCCUUCCCGCAUCGGAUGAUCCAGCAUGGGUAGGACUGAGGUCUCUUCUGCAUUUGACAUGGGCGAACAGGGCAUGGAUGGUCCAAGAAUCCAUGCUCUGUUCCCAAAAUAUAUUCCUGGUUGGCCAUGAAGAAUUCGAGUGGGAAAGACUACCACAAAUAGCAUGGCUAUCACAUCUCGGGAUUUUCUCACAUCUUCUGACACACAGUGACGAAAAGCAGUUCGACUCGACUUACGGUCAUCUACAGCGUAUCCAUCCUACAGUCUCUAAUCUUUAUGAACUUGGUAAUCUCCGGGAAUCCCAUCAUUAUGGUGACCGGUGUCCUUUGCAAACCCUGCUGCCCAUAAUUCGCUCAUUUGACUGCAAGGACCCACGCGAUAAGGUUUACUGUCUCCUUGGGCUCGCCAGCAACGCUGGUCAACUUGCCAUUCGACCGGACUAUAACGCAGGUGUGGAGGAAGUAUACAUUGAUGUGGCUGUUCGAAUUCUCCGAAAUAGUGACAACUGCGACUUGCUCUCCACAGUCAGCUCCAGACAGUCUCCACCAAGGUUACCUUCUUGGGUUCCUGAUUGGUCUAAUUAUGGCGAUCCCUUGAGUUCACUACAUCGUUAUUUUACUAUUAAUAUCAGCAACUACCUCGACCGUAAAUACUGCGCGGGUGGGGACACCAUCAGUGAGCCUGAGUUCAACGCAGAUUGUACAGAACUUACCCUAAAUACCGCAUUUAUCGACAGAAUUGACUACACUACGAAGAGUCAUCUGGAGUGUGAUGAUGAUGCCAAAUACGCACAAUGGCUUGAUAGCAAGUCGCGCACUCUUUCAGCUCAGGGGAGAUACAAAAAGGGAUCCCUCGCUGCUCUUUGGAGAACACUAGCUGCUACAGGACCACUUGAUGAUCGCAUGGAUGAUGACACGGACGAUGAUUCAAGCGAUGAUUUGAGGGAUGAUUUGAGCGAUGAUUCUGAUUAUUAUCAUGGUCAUAGCAUUGCUUAUUUUGAUGGUUGGCCUCGAGAUGAAAAGUUUAAAAGUUGGUGGAGCAUAUAUGCACCCAAUGCACCCACUGACAUGCGUGCAAGUGGCCCAAAGAUUGGGCUUAAGGCCCGUGAAUUUGGCCUGGAGCUUUUUGUAUUCUCGAGAACGCGUUCCUUCUCAACCACCGGGGAUGGCUACUUCUGUUUGACCCCACUGCAUACACAAGAAGGGGAUAGCAUUGUUCUUAUAAAAGGCGGCCGGACACCGUUCGUCGUAAGGGAGAAAGGAGGCAACUACACACUCGUUGGCGAGGCAUACGUACAUGGUUUGAUGCAAGGCGAGGCUUUUGAUGAGAAGAAUGUCCUGGAACUUGACUUCAAGAAGAUGACUUUAGUUUAG